AUGAAGACCUACAUCUUUGCAGUCGCUCUAGCGGCUACUGCUGCUGCCAAGCCGACAGAGCAGAAGCGUGCUUCCAACUCCAAGAUCACCCCGGUGACCGUCAAGGGAAAUGCUUUCUGGGCCGGCAACGAGCGCUUCUACAUCCGUGGUGUUGACUACCAGCCCGGUGGCGCAUCCGACGCAAAGGACCCCAUUGCCGAUGAGGACGGCUGCAAGCGUGACAUCUCCAAGUUCAAGGAGCUCGGCAUCAACACCGUCCGUGUCUACACUGUUGACAACAGUGCUAACCACGACACCUGCAUGGGCCUCCUAGCCGACGCCGGCAUCUACCUGGCUCUCGACGUCAACACUCCCAAGUACUCGAUCAACCGUGCGAACCCCCAGAAGUCGUACAACAAGGUCUACCUCCAGAGCUUGUUCGCUACCGUCGAGAUGUUCGCCAAGUACGACAACACUCUGUUGUUCUUCUCUGGCAACGAAGUCAUCAACGACGACAAGACGACUGACUGCGCUCCUUACGUCAAGGCUGUCACUCGCGACCUCAAGUCGUACAUGAACGCCCGUGGUCUCCGCAAGGUCCCCGUCGGCUACUCUGCCGCCGACGUCGAGUCCAACCGUUAUGAGAUGGCCGACUACAUGAACUGCGGCGACGACUCCGUCCGCAGCGACUUCUUCGGUUUCAACGACUACUCCUGGUGCGAUCCCUCUUCGUACGAGACAUCUGGCUGGAACAUCAAGGUGCAGAAGUUUUCCAACUACAGCAUCCCUAUUUUCCUCUCCGAGUACGGCUGCAACACUAACACGCGCAAAUUCGAAGAAGUAAAGGCUCUCUACGACCCCAAGAUGACCAAGUCUUACAGCGGUGGUCUCGUCUACGAGUACUCGCAAGAAGAGUCAAAGUACGGCCUCGUCGAGAUCGACGGCAACAAUGUCAACGAACUCCCUGAUUUCACUGCCCUCAAGUCCGCUUUCGCGGGUACCCCCAACCCUACCGGUGACGGCGGCUACCUCUCCAACGGCCAGGCAUCGCAGUGCCCAUCUCAGUCCAAGACCUGGGAUGUUACCCUUAAGAGCAACGAGUUGCCCAGCCUGCCUGAUGGUGCCAAGGAUUUCUUCACCAAGGGUGCCGGUGAUGGUCCUGGUCUCAAGGGUGAUGGAUCUCAGGAUGCCGGUUCUUCCACCCCAGAUAUCGGUGAUGCGGGUGCUGGCGCUGUUACCUCUGGUGGAAAGACGCCUACCUCUACUGGCUCUCCCACCAGCUCUGCUGGCGCAGCUGCUAACGUGCGUCCUAUGAGCUUCGGUCUUGCACCCAUUGUCUGUGGUGCUGUUGUGCUUGCUUCUUCGCUUUUCGGCGGCGCGCUUGUUUUGUAA